AAAUGACUUAUUUUUUAUGAGACUAUAUCUCAUCCAUAAUAUAUGAGACCGUCUCAUUCUAUAAAACCGAUUCAUUACAUAAAACUCUCUCACUCCAUUAAAUCGACUCAUUUUAUACAAGACUAUCUCUCCCAUAAGACUGACUCAUAUUGUAUGAAACUGUCUCAUCCUAUUAAAUUAAUUUAUUUUAUAUAAGAUCAUCUCACCUAUAAGACCGACUCAUCUUGUAUAAGACCGUCUCGUAAGGAGAAUUUGUGAUCUUCAUUCUCUAUUCCCUCGUAUCUUCCUCACUAUAAAAAGUAAGAACCCACUCUUUCUUUCCUCCGCUACCUUUUUUAACACCUAUCUGUAUCCCUCCUACUUUAACCUAGAGAGCAUUCAUUACCAUCCAUCCAUGGCGGCCACUGCAGCAACAUCCUUUUCUCUCUCUUCCUCUUCAUCUUCAUCAACCUCCGGUCCUAAAUCUUUGAAGCAGUCCCCCAUACCUUCGAUCUUCAAUCUAGGGUUUUUGGGUUCUUCUUCUACAAAGGCGUUUACGGCUCUUCAAGCUCGUGCUAUUCCUAGUGUUAACAAUGGAGGAUCCGCACUUUCUGCUAAAAUGGUGUCAGCGCCUUCUUCUAUGAACACUCCUUCCACCACUCUCGACUUUGACAGCUCCGUUUUUAACAAAGAAAAGAUUACUCUCUCCGGUCACGACGAGUACAUUGUGAGGGGUGGAAGGAAUUUAUUUCCUCUAUUACCCGAUGCUUUUAAGGGAAUUAAGCAGAUUGGUGUUAUUGGAUGGGGUUCUCAGGCCCCAGCUCAAGCUCAGAACUUGAAGGAUUCUCUCGUGGAGGCAAAAUCUGACAUCGUUGUCAAGAUUGGGCUCCGCAAAGGAUCUCGUUCUUUUGCUGAGGCCCGUGCUGCUGGCUUCAGUGAAGAGAAUGGCACUUUGGGUGAAAUGUGGGAGACCAUUUCUGGUAGUGAUCUCGUCCUGUUGCUGAUUUCUGAUUCUGCCCAGGCUGACAAUUAUGAGAAGGUUUUCUCCCAUAUGAAGCCAAACAGCAUUCUUGGGUUAUCCCAUGGAUUUCUUCUGGGUCAUCUGCAAUCACUGGGGCAAGACUUUCCCAAGAACAUUAGUGUGAUAGCUGUAUGCCCUAAGGGAAUGGGGCCCUCUGUAAGGAGGUUGUAUGUUCAGGGUAAAGAGGUCAAUGGUGCUGGGAUCAACUCUAGCUUUGCUGUCCACCAGGAUGUUGAUGGUAGGGCUACAGACGUAGCUCUUGGCUGGUCUGUUGCUCUCGGAUCCCCAUUCACAUUUGCGACUACUCUUGAACAGGAGUACAGGAGUGACAUCUUUGGGGAGCGAGGUAUCUUGUUGGGUGCUGUUCAUGGAAUUGUUGAGUGCUUGUUCAGAAGGUACACUGAAAAUGGAAUGAGCGAAGACCUAGCCUACAAAAACACUGUUGAGUGCAUCACCGGAGUGAUAUCGAAAACCAUAUCAACAAAGGGAAUGUUGUCUUUGUACAACGCAUUGUCAGAAGAAGGCAAAAAGGAAUUUCAAGCUGCUUACAGUGCUUCAUACUAUCCGUGCAUGGACAUUUUGUACGAGUGCUAUGAAGAUGUUGCAAGUGGAAGUGAGAUCCGAAGUGUUGUUUUAGCUGGGCGACGCUUCUAUGAAAAGGAAGGCCUCCCAGCUUUCCCGAUGGGUAAAAUCGAUCAAACCAGAAUGUGGAAGGUGGGUGAGAAGGUAAGAGCAGUCAGACCUGCAGGUGACUUGGGCCCAUUAUAUCCUUUCACUGCUGGAGUCUAUGUUGCUCUGAUGAUGGCUCAGAUUGAGAUCUUGAGGAAGAAGGGUCACUCCUACUCGGAGAUCAUUAAUGAGAGUGUGAUCGAAGCCGUGGAUUCUUUGAACCCUUUCAUGCAUGCUCGAGGUGUCUCAUUUAUGGUUGACAACUGUUCAACCACGGCAAGGCUUGGAUCAAGAAAAUGGGCCCCUCGUUUCGACUACAUCCUAAACCAACAAGCUUUGGUAGCUAUUGACGGUGGUGCUUCAAUCAACCAAGACCUGAUCAGCAACUUCUUGUCAGAUCCUGUUCAUGAAGCCAUUGGAGUUUGCGCUCAGCUCAGACCAUCUGUUGACAUCUCUGUGACUGCAGAUGCCGAUUUUGUGCGCCCUGAAUUGCGUCAAUGAAGCAAUUAAGAGCUUCAGAAUAUCUUUAGUAAACACCCGAAAGUUUUUGAGUCGCACGUUUUAGGUAAGGAGAUGUAAACUCCCGAGUUUAAUAUUGUACUUAGCUUUAUUAGCAUUUCCUAUCCGAGGAAACCAUAUGCGAUGAUUUUCCAAGUUUUAGCUAGAGUUUGUUUAAUUUCGGACUUGGGGGUGAAGUGAUCUGUCCUUAUGUGUUGUAAUGUAGUUGUGUGGCUACAUUGUGCCCUGCUUUAUCUGUUGUGCUUUGAGAACUUAUGAUGUAGGAUGUAGGAAAUAAAGAUCUUUCUACUCAUAUUUCCAUGGUAUCUUCAA